GAGGUAUUUUUCCGUGCAAAUUUUAAAUUUAGUUGACCAACUAACGAGGAGGUCGGAAAUAAAUAGUCUUCGUUUUUAAACUCGAAGCGCUGUUUACAUUUGAGAAAAAGAUUUUAUUUCACCGUGGUUGGCUACAUUGGUGACAUGAGACUGAGUGAGGUUCACGCAGCAGAGUCUGUGGCCUACCUGAACAGGUCGCUGGCCAGGCUGCAGGAUAUUUGGGAAGAAAUUGGGAUUCCUGAUGAACAGCGAGUUCAGAGGACAAAUGCUGUUCAUAAACACACCAAGAGUUUACUGGACAAGAUUAUCGAGGAAGAAAAGAGCCUGAAGAAUAAAUUACUGAAGAGCAUCGAGGCAUGUCGCAAAGAGCUUGCGAACUUGUGCGACGAACUACAGCUGCCUCCAUUUGAGUAUUCUGUGCAGGAAGAGGAAGGCUGCAGCACUCUGCAAACAGAGAAGAACAAUCGGACCCGUCUGGAGGCGCUGAAGAAGCAGAAGAAACAGAGGAUGGAAGAGCUUAAAGGCCUCGUCGCUAAAGACCGUGAGCUGUGUAAUGUCAUGUGCACCUCCCCCUUUAGUAUCGACCAGAGUGCCGUCCCAUCGAUGCAACAGCUAGAGGCCUAUCGCACCUAUCUCGCCAAUCUCACCAAAGAGAAGGAGUGUCGUCUUGAAGAAUUUGUGACCAUCAGAAAGGAGGUCAUUGCUUGUAUGGAGGAUUUGGAACAGCAUCCGGAGACCAGUUUUGAAAUGGAUGUGGUCUGUGAGGAUGUGGAUGCGUUUUGCCUCUCCAACGACAACAUCGCGGCUCUGAAACUUGUUCUCAGUCAGUUGCACGAGCGCAAGGCCGAGAAUGAGCUCGUCUGCGCUGGUUUCCGGACAAAGAUCCAGGAAUUGUGGCAGAGGCUUCAGAUUCCUCAGGAGGAGAGGGAAGCUCUCUCUGAACACAUGGUCAACUCGAAGAAGAAAAACAUUGAAGCUCUCCAGUCAGAGAUCCAGCGCUUAGAAGUGCUGAAAAUCCAAAGCAUGCAAAGAAUCAUCAAGGUCAUCAGGGAGGAACUCGCUCUUCUGUGGAAGAAAUGUUUCUACAGCCUUGAACAGCAGGAGGCUUUUCUUCCAUAUCAUGAUGAUGAUUUCACCGAGGAGCUUCUCAGCAGACAUGAGGAGGAGGUCAGACGCUUGCAGAGGUACUACGAGCAACAUAAGCAACUCUUUGAAGGAGUCUCAAAAUGGCAGAACAGCUGGACCUUGUACCUGGAGCUUGAUAAAAAGAAUAGCGAUCCAUCAAGGUUCAACAACAGAGGGGGGAACCUUUUAAAAGAAGAAAGGCAAAGAACCGACCUGCAGAAAAGUCUGCCUAAGGUGGAGAAGAUUCUGAAGGCUCAGAUUGAGGCCUGGGAAGAAGAGCAUGGCAAAGAAUUCCUGGUGGGUGGCCAGAGGUUUCUGGAAUAUGUGCAUCAGCAGUGGGAGAAGCACCAUGAGGAGAAGGAGAAGGAAAAACUUGAAAGACAACUAAAGAAAAGUAUACAAACGAAAGAGGAGAUGCUGUUCGGGGCAACGGCGAGGACUCCAUCUAAACGCCAGAUGCCAGGAACUCCAGUAGCUGCAAAACUGAGAAAGUUAAAUGGCACCUCAACCAUCUCUACUCCGAACAGCCUCCUUAGUCCCAGCCUCAGUGGAGCCAUGUGCCAGUCCUUAAUGCAGAAACCACCUUUGUCUGCCAACAAGGGUCUUGGACUGCGAACACCAGGACGUGGAAAGAUGCCCCUCAUGUUGGAGCAAAACAAGGAGAACAUCUGCCAUGUGAGCAGAAAUCCUCCCUGUGACGCACCAAAGCUUCAGGAACCCCCCAAUCAAACAUUUAACUCCAUCGCUGGCUCCUACUCUGAGUUUACGAGAGACCUCACCAAAGCCUCCAAAUCUCAUGUCCCAUCUGGCCUGUUGAACUCCACCGUCGACUUUAAGUGACGUUAAAAAGCAUCAGGAGUUGUGGACAAGAGAACUUGUAAACAGAAUGUUGAGGUUUUUUUUUUUCCCCCUGUUUGAAAAAUGCUUUCUUUCAGGGGUUCUGUUCGGUGUGUGUGUGUGUGUGUGUGUAUUUCUAUGGUUUUAAAUAUUUUACUGCUGCUUUAUUUACUUUUAGAUCUUUUUCACCUGAUGCAUUUUAUCUGUGGUUCCACUUUAUUAUAGUAGCUCCAUGGCUUUCCCUUUGAACCUGAAAUGAAAGCUGCGUUUUUAGUCACAUUGAGAAUAAAGCUUUUUAAAUAA